GUAGCUACACGAUUAAUAAUUAGUUCUGUCAUGUGGAUUAAAUUCUUUGAAUAAAGAAUGAUAUAGGUAUGUUCUUUUAGUUAACGACCUACAUUUGAAUUCCGAGGUUUUUCAAAUUGCCAAAUUCACUUUUCUUUGCCUGCAAUACGGUCUUCUGUUUUUGUGGGUUGAAGUUGCAUUCCAGCCAUUCUAUUUGUUAAAUAAUGUAUGAAUAUUGAAAUAGAGUGUCCAAUUAUUAUAUAAUGGUCUUAGUAACAAUAUUUGCAGCUUUUCUUUAAGAAUAAAGCAGCUGAUUUGAUGUCAUCUGGAUUUUGAAAGUUUUCUUUCCAAGGCAUGUAAAGAUUGUAAAAUAAUCCUUUUGAUGCUGUAUUUAGGUGCUUCUGAGUCGAUUGAGAUUGUUCUUGAAUCCUGGCUAUCCUUAUGAGGAAAUUUUAAAAACAUUUCACAACCAGACUGGCAUAUUUUUGUGCUCCUUCCUUCCGGAUUUUACUACAUUUAACAGAACUAAAGGAGGCAUGAUCCAGUUAAACCAUGGAGCACCUCAACCUCUUCAGUAUGUAGUCAAUGCAGCAUUUUUGGCUACAGUGUUCAGUGACUAUCUUGAUGCUGCCGACACACCUGGGUGGUACUGUGGACCCCAUUUCUACCAAACUAGCGCUCUCCGAAAAUUUGCUGAGACCCAGAUAAACUACAUCCUCGGCAAAAAUCCUAGAAAGAUGAGCUACGUUGUGGGCUUUGGAAAUCACUAUCCAAAACACGUCCACCAUAGAGGUGCAUCCAUACCCAAGAACAAGGUCAAAUAUAACUGUAAGGGUGGAUGGAAAUGGAGGGAUUCAAAAAAGCCAAACCCUAAUACCAUUGUUGGGGCCAUGGUUGCUGGUCCUGACAGACGUGAUGGAUUCCACGAUGUUCGAACAAACUACAACUAUACAGAGCCGACCCUUGCAGGAAAUGCUGGUCUAGUUGCUGCACUUGUUGCCCUAUCCGGAGAUAGGACCACAAAAAUUGACAAGAACACGAUAUUCUCUUCAGUACCACCAAUGUUCCCCACACCUCCACCACCUCCAGCUCCUUGGAAACCAUGAGUCGCCAUUAUGGACUCGUGUCUUAUUGUUUUUGCUUUUGCUUUGUGACUCAGAAAACUAAUUUUGGUGUUGCAGUUAAUUUCUAAAGUAUCCCGAGUACAGAAACUAGGAGUUUGAAGAGCUGCUGGGAUAGGACUGGAAAGUUGGUCUAACUUGAAGAAAUACCCUUUUCUAUUCAAAAUUUGUGAUAUACACUGUGUAUGUAUGUAUGUAUCAUAUCAGCUAUAUAUUCAUUUCCACGCUAGAACUUGAACGUGAGGGAUCGAGUUUUAGAAUAAAUUCAGAUGACGUCUAACAUGUUAUCACUCAUUUCAAAACACAAAUUUCAUCUCAUUUUCAAACAUUUAUACCAUGCUUAUAUGCAACUUUUCGUUAUGAUCGUCUUGUAGGGUGCUUUUGGAUCCAUCAUGUUUCUUGUAAUACAAUUCCAGCAAUUCAAUAAGUUUUGAGAAA